AUGACGCGUCUGGCGAUUUGUGUGUACCUCUUUCUGGUCCCUGCCUGGGUCUUAGGGUCCGAUGUCGCUUCCGAGGAGAAAGACCGAGAUCACCGUCUGGAGGAGUACCCCGAAGCCAUGAGUGCUGACGAACUGAAGCGCGCUCGUGAAGCUGAAGCCAAAGACCAGGAGAUCUACAUGAGUCUUGAGGACCAAGCGAAGAUGUUGGACAAGCUCGCUGAGGAGUUGGCUAUGAUGAAAGAUUCGCACGCCACUAUGGACGACAUGGAGGCGCCUGUAAUAUACCUAACACCCCCUGUAGAGCUCCCCGACGAACAGAUGGAGGCUGACAAGGAGGUCGAAAAACUUUUGAUGGACACCGGGUUGGAGGGCAAGCCGCAUUCCCUCCCCGAGGAUGAAUUCGACCCAUUUAAGCUCACCUCGAUGAACGAGGUCAUGACGGCUCUGAAGAAGUCUAAGAGCACCAUAGACACCCUGCGCGAAAAGAGGAACGCCUUGCUUAAGACCCUCAGGGAGAGCGCGAUGUACGUCGCCACCGACCACUCGAAGAUGCUCACAUACAAGGCUGUCAACCAGGAGCUGGAUGAGGUAGACAACCUUAUAGAAAAGGAGACUGCUACCCUCCUUAAGCUGGAGCACGUGAAAAAGACACUCAGCAAGAGCCACGGCACAGGACACGAUAUCGAGACUGAAGAAGCCGAUCUAGAGAAGCGCGAAGAGGAAAUCGCUGAGGGAUACGACAGCGACCGCGGGUCUGACGAUGAGUCCGAUAAGGGUUACGACUCGAACGAAGAAUUAUAG